AUGGGCAACGAAGAGUCGACUGUGGUGGAUGAUUCCACUCCCCCAUCGGUGCUGGAAUCGCGCACUAUGGAGGGGGUGGCCAAGUACAUCAAAGAUCAUGAGGUGAAAAAGAUAGUAGUCAUGGUGGGAGCAGGAAUCAGUACCUCUGCAGGCAUACCUGAUUUUCGAUCUCCGGAUACAGGUCUCUACGCGAACCUCGAAUUCUUAGAUCUGGAAGAGCCGGAGCAGGUCUUCGACAUCAGUUUCUUCCGCGAGAACCCUAAGCCAUUCUACGCCUUAGCCAAGGAGCUUUAUCCCGGUCGGUACAGACCUACCAUCGCUCACUCUUUUAUCAAGCUACUCUACGAUAAGGGUAUGCUUUUGAAACACUUCACCCAAAAUAUCGACUGCCUCGAGCGACAGGCCGGGGUUCCGGGGGACAUGAUCGUGGAAGCCCAUGGCAGCUUUGCGACCCAGAGAUGCAUUGAUUGCCAGAAAGCGUUCCCUGACGAUCAAAUGCGCGAGCAUGUUGCACAGGCCUCGAUCCCACACUGCCCCGACUGCAAUGGGCUCGUCAAACCCGAUAUUGUCUUUUUUGGAGAAGCCCUGCCCCGCGAGUUCUUUGAAGAACGCUCCAAGCCGGAACUCGCAGAGCUGUGUAUCGUGAUGGGGACCAGCCUGACGAGGGAACCCCCCCGUGUUCUCAUCAACAUGGAGAAGGUCGGUGGAUUGGGAUCUCGCGCUGACGACGUUCUCCUCCUGGGCGACUGCGAUGCUGGAGUCCGGAAAUUUGCUAAGGCUAUGGGGUGGGAGGAGGAGUUGGAGGCGCUGUGGGAAAAGACGAACCCAGACCCCAAGGACCGGGAGAGGAAAAUGCGCCCCUGGAGGACCGCGAUGAACAACUGA